AUGACGACGGCGCCGCUGUGCCUGCUAACUUUGCUGUUGGCUGCGCGGAGCGCCUCUACCGAAGGCGAGAGCGAAUUAUGUCCAGCGUGGACGUCCAAGGCUGAGUCGCGGGUGAGAGUUUUCCAACGUCCACAGGAGCGUGAAGGCGCGGACGCCACGUUCUGCUGGGGGACUUGUAGCCUGCCCUGCUGUUGUGCUUCGGGAGAGGCCCGCCUCGGCCAACGGCGGUGUCCCCGCGCCCUGCACCUCGAGGCAAACGCUGCCGGAGGCCCAGAACCCCCACAGUCCCCGAUUCAUAACCUACUCCAGAGUAAGACGGAGGCUCUGCUGUGUGCGCUGGUUUUGCUGUUGGCUGCCGGGGGCGCCGCCACGGGGGCCGUGAGCAAGUUGUGUCGCGCCUGGGCCUACGGCGCGGAAGCGUCGGCCAGAGCGCUCCCAUGCCCGGCGUGGCGCGACGGGGCGGACGCCAAGUUCUGCCGCGGGACACGCCGCCUGCCCUUCUGCUGCUCGUCGGGAGAGGCUCGCUUAGAGCAGCAGCGGUGCCCCCGCGCUCUUCAUCUCAAGGGGCGAACUGUCGGCGUGCCACCGCCCACACAGGCCCUGACUGGGCCGCGGUUCCACGGUUGGAUUGGAAUUUUGUUGUUCCUCCUGGCAGCUGGCGCUGCUUUAUUUUAUACCAUCUUCCGCUUUUGUCGGUGGAAGUACAGAAAGGCUCGUUGGCAGAGGAAAAAUCUCAGGCACGCAAACCUAAUCAAUGAGCGCAUCAAAUGGAUCCAGCAGGAAACUCUUCGCCAGGGACCAUUCCAUAUGCUUGGUGUUCCUCCACCUUAUUCUGCAGACUCACCAACAUAUAAUAUCAAUCAUCCACCAUCAUAUAGUGAUGUGUACCUUCAAGGCAACAGGGAUUUCCCUCCUCCAUUGCCUGAUUCAGUCGUGCAGUUUCAUCGUGCAAAUGCUGAAAACACAGAGGAUGAGGUUGUCAUCUGUCCUCUUCUGCCUACAAGUGCUCCUGGAGAUGCUUCACAGCCUACUUUGGAAGCAGAGCCACCAGUAGACCAGUGAUGUAUGGAGAGGAACACAUCUGACUUCAAGGCUAUUCUUGGAAUCCUAUGCUGGGUCAUCAUGGAUUGCUUUCAGGAUCCAGGAAACAUCCCUAUAUUAUUAUGCUUUUAAAAGUGUGUGUUCAAUGCUUUGUUGUAAAGUACAAAAUGCCUGGGCAGUGCAAAUCUAUCCCUCUUCAAAAUGGCAGUCAAAGGGACUUCCCUAACCCUGAGCUAGAAUGCUCUAUAAGAAAGUAGCAUGCCCAUGGGAUUACUGGGCCCAAAACACAGGUGUGGGGGAAGGAACUGCUAACUAGCCUUGCAUCAUCAAGGAUUUCCCUUGAUGGGCAGAGGCACCUCUUGCUGUCACUUUGUGGAUCACUUUUGUGACCACUGAACAAAAGCCAUAGAUGUUGUCUCCCAAACCAACUCCUUGGGCACGGCUGAUGAAACAGGAUGGAGUAUUGUUGAGUUGUCCUGUUGAAACACUUGUGUGGGCAAUGUCUUGGCACCUCUGCCCCUGGGGCAAUGUACAGCUUAGUUUUGUCUGAGUGACUGUUCCUGUGGAGAUGGAGCCUUUAUUGCACAAGCCAGGGAUAUGUCUGUGUGGUUACCACGGAAGAGAUGGAUACUACAUGUCACUCCAAGGCCUUUUUAAAAUUUGGAACUACGGUGGCUUCUGUAUAUUAACCCCAACGAGGCAAAACAGGCCAUCAGCAUUGUGAGCCUCUUUAAUGCAACACUUCUUGGAUGCAAGAAGUUGUUGCUGUUUUUUAGCGCAAACACUUGCCAAAUGUAUGCUUUAAAUGUAUGUACCUGAUCAUCAAUAAAAUUUAAUGUGUGGAUA